GAAUUGGAUAGUGAGGAUGAGCUUAUGUUGAGAUUAAAAAUUGUUCCGAAACAAUUGCAACGCAAAAAGCUGUACGUCUUGUUGCGUCAACCCGUUUUUUUUCAAGACAGAAAAGGCCAAGUCAACAAUGCUCCGCGACAACUACCCCGCCCCGCGACCCGGCGCCCGGCCGCAAACCGGCACGUGCUUGCCCCACUGCCAGAUGACCGAGGAAUCCUCCGAGGUGAUAUUCAAACAGUUUGUGGAAAAAGCGACAGAGAUGCUGCAGGGAAAGAACGACAAGGAAACGCUUGAUUACUGUGUCGAAGUGGGCCCAACGGGGAUCAGCGUUCCUUCGACCUACCCUGCUUUUCACUGGAAUCCGAAGACAAUGAAACCAGCUAAAACCGGUGGCAUGAUGAUGAGCACCAGAGAUUGCUUCAUGGUCGGUACCGAGUUCGCGCACAUCCACGCCAAGUACUUUGAAAAAGAUCCAUUAAAUGCAAAACAAAGGGGCCCAGUAGACCGCCCCUGGCAGGUGUGGCAAGGCGGGGGGUUAGGCUCGAUGCACUUGACGCUGGAUCUCCAAGAUGCGGAGGAGCUGAACCGCCUCGGGUGGACAGAAUUCCAUCUUUUAUCCGCGCAGAAGCACCCGGGAGUGCCGCCGGGGUUGGUGCUGGUUUACGCACCAAGGAAUGAGGAAGAGAUUGAGGUCUGUCUGAAAAUCUUAAAAGCGAGUUUGGAUUUUGUGGUAGCGCAUUUUCGAUGAGAUUUUAGGAUCGAGUUUGAGGCUAAGAACGGUG